AUCAUACAGCGUGAAGUUGGCUGUGGCCACUCGCCUAAAAAAAGAUUAAAAGUUAAAGAUUAAUACAAUUAAGUGAAACGUUUUAGGCUGGCUCCUGCAUUGGAGUUGCACUCGUUGCGUAAUUACGCGCGCUUGUGUGUCUGUUAGGUUGGUACUGUAACAUAACAAUGGCGUUGGCGUUGCGAGUGUCAUACAUUGCCCACAACAAUGGCAAUUUUGGCAGGUGGUCACAGGAGCGCCGCCGAUUGCUACGAUCAUGUUGCAGAUCUCGACUGCAGGGCAGACAGACGGUGAAUUAUAGUACACAAGAGCAGGAAUCAACGUCGACGGCAUCGAAGACUCCGCCGCAAAUAAAGCGAAAUGUUGCCUCCGAAAUAACAAGUGUUGGAAAGGUAAUCUAUGAGGCUGGUUGGGAUGCCAAAAACUCCAAGAGCCGAAGUCCGCAAACAAAAAAUGGCACUUCUGGCGAAAUAAUAAUAAGAACUGCGUCGUCUCCAAGCAACGAGCCACCAAAUGCAAAUAAAGAUAAGGAUCAGGAGCCACACAAAUCAAAGAGCGAACAGAUGCGUGACAAUAUGCAGGAAUACAUAUUCACGCGUUACUUCAACUAUGUGAAGAACUACGACAAGGUGCUCGAGAAGAACUUUCCAAAGGCUAUGCAGCUCUAUCGAGCGUUCUUUGAGGGAGUUAAGGACUUCUUCGCUGACAUGAAGAGGUUUUUAAAGAUUUCGCGUAUUGCCAACGAUGCGCCACAGGGGAUACGGGCACUGAAUCGACAAGAACUCGAGUUGUACAUGCAAAUGCCGCGUGAUAUGAUGAAAGUAGCGCCUGCCUUAAUUGGGUGCUCCUUGCCAAUGGUUGGCUAUGCUUUCUUUCCGCUUGUCUUUUGGUACCCACGCAUUUUUCUAACAAAUCACUUUUGGACGGCAACUCAGCGUGCCGAGUUCCAGAGCUACUAUACGAAAUGCCGGCUCCAGUGCAACAAGUCCGUACUCCGCUGCCUUCAGGCCAAGCUAAAAAAUGUUGAGGGUCAUCAUAAGUACGCAGAGUUCGAGUCCAUUCUAGGUCAACUGGGCAGCGGCACACAUCCUACCCCAGAGGCUCUCAUCUCAGUCAAAGAUAUUUUCGCCGAGGGACCCUACUCACUGUUGGGCAUGUCGCGUAAACACAUUAAAUGUCUAGUCAAGAUGCAUGGGCUACCCAAUAGCCUGUUCAAACGCCAUCGCUUGCACGAGCAUGCUUUCUUGGUGCACUAUAUGGACUUGGCUAUUACCCGCGAGGGCGGUGUCCAUAAUCUAAACUUGGCUUCAUUGCGAUACUGCUGCUAUCUACGUGGAUUAAAUCCGGAUAACUUGAACGCCGAACAAAUGAUCGAAUGGCUACGUAAAUGGGUGAAGGUAUCCACGUCAAUACAAGGCGAGCAUAUCACUCUCUUUCUACAUCUGCCUGUCCUGCUGGGUUAUAAUCAUCCCAACAAUUGGAAAACCAUCUAUUGCAAUAAGACUCCAUAGUAAAAUUGUGUUAAUUGCUCAAAAAAUUAUUUUUUAGCGCUUUUCAAAAGCCAAUAAAACUGUUAUACACGAUCUAGGU